CAGUUACAACAUCUUUAUUUACCUAGUUUACUUCCUCCUUAUUCCUGAUACUCAUGUCGAGAGUAAUUCACUCCUGCUAAAUAGUUGGUGGAGAAACUAUCCACCAGUGGACACCACAUCGCCGACAGGAAGGUGUAGUGGAUUUUACACCGGGCCAAAUGAAAGGAUACUAUCAACCCGCUGGACCUUUAAUAUCAGUCCCUCCAACGCACUGCAGCAGUGGUCAACCUCCACCUCCGGUGAUUCCGCCUCUUACCAAGACUGUUCCGCUACCAGAUGCCUCACCAACAACAUCAACGACACCGUCAUUAUCAUCGCAUGAAAUACCCCCACCGCCACCUAGUUCCAAUGGUGACUCUUCGGAUAGUGAGGUGAUAAUUACAUCUGUGACUGCAGCAAAAGACAACGUACCAUCUCAAGCACAUGCGUCCUCACCCUAUCGAUACCCUCAAUAUCCUAGUUACCAAUAUUCUUAUCCUGCUCCGUAUUCUUAUCCACCCGCUCCUCUUCCACCCAACCCUCACCCUCCAUAUUCACACCAUGAUAUGUGUUAUUCAAAUCCAUAUGGACAUAAAUGGACUUAUAGGAGACACCUAUCAGGUAGUCAGUAUUAUCCAGUACCAAAUCCACAGGAAAUGUAUCCAAUGGUGACCACAACUCCAGUGUCGGCGAGUGGAACAUUCUCUUCUCCUAUAGUUGGCCCACCACCCCCUCCUCCGACGAUAAUGGAGACGUAUGCUGGACCUCUCGAAAGUUAUCAACCACCGCAGCCAUCCCAUUUUUAUCCUUCGCCUGUUUAUCCCCCUCCAGGACCCUGUUAUUCGCACCAACCAACUAGAACAAUUCCCUACCUUAGUACAUAUCAAAGUAAUUGCCCUUGUCCAAUGCAGUCGUGUCCAAAAAACGUACUUACUGGACCUCUUACUGGUGAUAGUAAGAGGUCUAACAUGACUUCCAUUUCUAACGACUCGAUGCCUUUACCUUCAAUAGCCUUAGUUUUACCAUCUGAACCAGCGAGCGCAACUGGUCCUCCAAGUCCUGCGAGAGGGUCUGCAGGAAUGCCUCCACCCCCAUCGCCGGCUGGGGCUACUUACCAACCUCCACCAGUGGCCACAAAACAAGAAUCUCAUUCGCCAAUUAGUGAAGAAGACUUUAAAUUAGAUAAAAAGAAAAAAGCGAGAAUUGGAAAAGCAAUGGUUAGGAGAAACAUAGCAGCUAAUAUGCAGCAAAAUACAAUGUUACUUAUGUGUAACCCUGUACAAGAUUAUGUGAAAAGAGAAAUUGAGAGUCCACAAAAUAUAGAAUUAGAACAAAAACGAAACACAUCGUCUGAUAAAGAUAACCUCAUUACUCAAGAUCUACAAAAUUCUAGUAAAGAAAUAACAAAUUUAGAGAUGUGCACUACGCUGGAAUUAAGAGACAAAAAUAAUGUGGAAAGUUCUAAGAAAAUACUUGAAAAUUGUAAGCCGCUUAAAGAAGAAAUCGAAGAUCCCUUACCACCCGUGAUCAACACUGUUGCAGAAAAUGUGAAAGUUAAAAACAUGAAACGGAAACUUUCUAUGUGUUCGGAGAAAAUAUCGGAUUCAGAAAGUCCACCUCAAAAAAAGAGAAAAAAAGCUGGUUCCUAUAAGUAUUUGAUAAAAAAAGAAACAAAUGCUAUUAAAAUUAAUAAUGGUAAAUUAAAACUAUUAGGCGAAAUGCCUUCUGCAUUAAAUUCAGUCAGAACAAAAACAAAACUAAGAAGACCAACAACUAAGAACAAACUUUCUUUUAACAAGGAAUCGGCAAUUAUCCGUCGAAAAUUAUAUAAACAAUUACCAUUAAAUACUCUAAAUUGUCGUUCAAAAGCACAUAGAUUAACUCAUGAAUCCAAGAUUAAAAAUUCUGGUUUAGUCAAAAAAGGCAGUUUAAGACAAAGUACUAAAUCGGCACCGGCGGUGUUGGAUAAACUCUUUGCCAAAAAUAACGUGGAACGAAUUAUCGAAAGUGUGAUAGGUGAUACAUUAAGGACAUCCCACGAAUCUAAAACUGAGAAGUGCAUAAAACAAUCCAAAUACAGCCCAGUGAAAACAAAUGUAAAUAAAAUUAGUGUACCUAAAAAAAUGAAAAACGUAACCAAAAAAUUAAGUUCAACGAGACGAACAUUUAAACAUAAUGAAGCAUCAACACCUCAAAUUCCAAAAGCUAUUAAAAGAUCUUUAUCAUAUCCCAGAUGGUCGAACGGUUGGAUUUGGGAAGGAGAGCCUUUCGAAGCGAAAGUAUUUUUAAAUGUAAGCCAAUACAUAUUUUAA